AUGGCGAUAGCGAUCCCCGCAUGCGACGGCGACGACCAGGUGCAGGGGGUGGGGGAGGACGAGGGGGGAGAGGCGGGGGAACCGGGCGGCGGAGAGGCGUGGGAAGAGGGCGGGGAAGCGGCAGAAGAACUGGCGGAGUCGGAUGGCCUUGAUGGCGUUGCGCCAGAUUCUGCGGUGGACAUUGAUUCGCUUUGGGGCGCGCUGGCGGAAAGUGUGGCGUCGGCUGUGGCGGACAACCUAAGCUGGGCGGACCUGGCGGACGGCGCAGCGGGGCUGUCGGCGCCAACAACUCCGCGCUUGUCCUACCACCAGUGGAGGUCCACCACAGAGUCGCCUCGACAUAGCGCGCGCGGCGUUGCGGAAGCUGAUUUUGCGGAAAAGCCCCGCAAUUGGUUGGAGAGCGCAGGGAGUGGCUGGAUUACGGUUUCCGCCGUGUGCCCCCCGCCUCCUUCCACCCCUCGGUUCUUCUCCGCUCUCCGCUCGUCUUUCAGGCGCUCUGCUGCUGACCCGGCGCGUGUGGUGGUCGCUGGUUUGAUUUCUAGUGGCAGCCUUCCUCUCUUUGAAAACCUCUGCACCGGGGAAGAACCGCCAGGUCAGGUAAGGCAACCGAAGCUGCAGGUUCGGGAUGGCACCAGUGCACCUGACUUGCAGGUUCUCGAGUUUGCUCAUAUUUCUUCCAGCCUGCCCAGCAGCGGGAGAAUGGUGCCCGAGUUGUCUUGGGGGCAGCUCUCUGAGCUUGCAGCGGGCAAGGAUAAAAGGGACAGGCUUGUGGUGGAAAGGGGGCAUGAAGCGGUUGUGGUGAGAGGGGAUGUGGUGAAAGGGGGUGCGGUGCAGGACGGUGUGGUGGAAGGGGGUGUGGUGGAAGGGGGUGCAGUGCAAAACGGUGUGGUGGAAGGGGGUGCGGUGCAGGACGAUGUGGUGGAGUGGUGCGCGAUGAAGGAAGGUGCAUUGGAGGAGCCAGAGAGCCCUGCGAUGGUCCCUGCUUGCUCCUUGUGUGGAGUGGGGGGAUUCACAGCCCCUCCUUUGGCACAGCAGGGUCGGCAGCAGAUGUGGCACAUGCAGCAACAUGGGAGGGUACAGCGGCAGCAGCAGCAGCAGCAGCAGCAGCAGCAGCAGCAGCAGCAGCAGCAGCAGCAGCAGCAGCAGCAGCAGCAGCAGCAGCAGCAGCAGCAGCAGCAGCAGCAGCAGCAGCAGCAGCAGCAGCAGCAGCAGCAGCAGAGGCAGCGGCUGGAGGGGGCCAGAGAACAGCAAAAUCAGGAAGGGGAGGAUAAAGAGGAGGAGGAGGAGGAGGAGCAGUGUUGCGAUCUGGUUAAGAAGCAGCCUGGCGUCACUGCUGCUGCUGCUGCUGCUGCUGCUGCUGCUGCUGCUGCUGGAGAGGUGAGAAACGGCCACCAUGACCCCCACGCCCACUGUGACGGCCGCUCCCACCCCCAGUGCCUUCCAAAUCACGUUCCACCGCCGCCUGUGCGCCCGCAUGUGCUCUGA